ACAGACUUCACUGAUGACCCUUCACCAUCAUGACCACCGGCCUGAAUCUGCUCUCUCAGCAGAAAGUGGACUCUGAGCACGAAGCCGAGGGACAUACCUUCUGUAGACACUCCGACUUCUUUUCAUACAAAACGAUCUACGAUUCACAUGUGUAUGCUGUAAAUGGACUCAAACUCAGUGAUGGGUGAGUCUCCACAGCGCUUUCAGGUCCUCUCCACUGAACCUGCCACAGCGCUACAGCGAAUACAGAUUGUAACUGACCAGCAGACAGGUCAGAAGAUCCAGAUAGUGACAGCGAUGAAGCCGUCCUCUGCUCCCAAACAGCAGUUCAUUCUGACAACAGCUGACAGCUCAGGGGCCGGCAAGGUUAUCCUGGCCUCUCCAGACGGCCACAGCACGAAGCAGCUCAUCUUCACCGCUGCCGACAGCCUGAUGCCAGGAAGGAUACAGAUCGUCACAGAUCCAGUGUCGAUGGAGCGGUUGUUAGGGCAGUCCGGGGACCUGAGCCGACCGCAGCCAGUGGAGUAUUGUCUGGUGUGUGGAGACAAGGCUUCAGGCCGUCACUACGGAGCAGUCAGUUGUGAGGGAUGUAAAGGCUUCUUCAAGCGGAGCGUGAGGAAGAGCCUGACCUACAGCUGCCGCAGUAAACAGGACUGCGUCAUCAACAAACACCACCGCAACCGCUGCCAGUUCUGUCGGUUGAAGAAAUGCCUUGACAUGGGGAUGAAGACUGACUCUGUCCAGAGUGAGAGAAAGCCCAUCGACGUGGUGCCCAGAGAGAAGCAUGCAAACUGUGCCGCCUCCACCCAGAAGAUUUACAUUCGCAAGGACUUAAACAGUCCGCUCAUCGCCACGCCAACCUUUAUCUCCGAUACAGAGACGGAUGGCUCGAGAUCCAGCCUGUUGGAGCAGGGCAUGCUGGUGAACAUCCAGCAGCCGCUCAUCCAGAGUGAUGGGACUCUGCUGCUGGCCUCUGACUCAAAGAUGGAUCAUGCGCACGGAGACUUGGGGACACUAGCCAAUGUGGUGACGUCAUUGGCUAGCCUGAGCGACUCACUCAGAGAGAAUCUGAACAACGGGGAUUCUUCAGACAGCCAACAUGAGGAGGAGUCUGCCAGCGAGAUAACACGUGCCUUCGACACCCUGGCCAAAGUUUUCAACCCCUCUGAGGUCAGCAUUAGACAGGGUCUGGAGGAGAAGCGGCAGUGUUUCAGUGGAACAACCAUCCAGCUGAUUGGUCGAGACCAGGAGACCCCCAUCAUUGAGGUGGAAGGACCCCUGCUCACAGACAGCCAUGUCGGCUUUACGGAGCGUUCCUCUGGUCCAUAA